AUGCCGUCUGACUCAUGGCGCAGCAAAUCGAUUGCGCAGGACGUACCGUACGAUGAUCCAAAGCAGCUCGAAAACGUGACAAAGCAGCUGAGUAGUCUCCCGGGACUUGUCACACCUGCGGAAAUCGACCGGCUCCACGAACAACUUGCUCGUGUUGCUGAUGGCAAAGCGUUCCUACUCCAAUGCGGCGACUGUGCGGAGCUGUUUUCAUAUUGCAAUGCGAAUCAGAUUGAAGCGAAAAUUAAAUUGAUACUUCUCAUGUCGCUAAUCAUCAUCUAUGGUGCGCGCCUGCCCGUGGUUCGCGUUGGGCGCAUGGCAGGCCAGUAUGCCAAACCACGCAGCAAACCAUACGAGACCAUCACUCUUCCCAGUGGCGAGACUAAAGAGGUUCUUUCAUUUCGCGGAGAUGUCGUGAACUCAGCUGAAGUCGACCAUCGGAGCCCGGACCCAGAGCGCUUGCUGUCGGCCUAUUUUCACGCAGCUGCAACGCUCAACUAUACACGUGGCUGCCUAGCUAGUGGUAUAGCUGAUCUGCACACGCCAGGAACUUGGCGUUUCCAUCACGUUCAGUCAAAGUCGCUGCAACAAGAAUUCGAGCGUAUUGCAGACGCCAUUUCCGAUGCCCUCGACUUUAUGAAGACAGUCGGUGCUGAUCCCACGGGCGAUUCAAACGUGCUUAACACCGUGGACUUCUUUACAUCACACGAAAGUCUCAUCCUCGAAUUCGAACACGCACUGACGCGCGAUACUCCCCAAGGCAGCUAUGAUCUCAGCGCGCACACGGUGUGGCUUGGCGAUCGAACACGCCAGCCCGACGGGGCGCACGUCGAAUUUGCGAGACACGUCCGCAACCCAAUUGGAGUUAAAGUGGGACCUAGCAUGAAGCCAGAAGAACUUAUCACGCUUUUGGACACGGUGAAUCCUCAUGUCCAAAAGGGACAUGUGACGCUCAUCACUCGUUACGGCGAGUCCAAGGUCAAAGACUUGCUGCCAGAACAUAUAAAAGCUGUGCAGAAUUCAAAGCAUGCAAAGGCUGUUAUCUGGUGUUGUGAUCCAAUGCAUGGUAAUACAGUCACAUCACCGUCAGACCCGAAACUCAAAACGCGCAUGUUCAGUGCGGUUGUCUCCGAAUUGACAAGCUGCCUGCAAAUCCACGCAUCUUUAGGCUCAGUGAUGGGGGGUGUACACCUUGAACUGACUGGCGAUGAGGGUGUGACGGAAUGUAUGGGCGGUAGUAUGGAAUUAUCUGACGAAGAUUUAAAGCGCUGCUACUUGACGCACUGUGACCCACGAUUGAACUACGAGCAGUCUCUCGACAUUGCCUUCCUAAUCAGCGAUGUAUUGAAAUCGCAACGUCGAGGAAUUCCCGUCAACAAUGCGCUCUCGCAAGCCUUGCUGCGCAGUAAUCGUGUGGAAGGAAAUCCAUAG